GAGGGAAGUGAAUGGGCAAGUAGUUUUGAUUCGUGUUUAUAUUAAUACUCUGGGAAAGUCUCGUCGGCUCCUGCUUUCCCUAGAAGUAUAUAUAUACACCUGGCAUUUCCAACUGCUUGUGGUAGGAACUCGCGACUUGAGAACACUCCCCCCGAAGUAUCAGUAUCAGUCGAACCACGAGAAGCAUCAUACCAUCUGUUUGGAAGAAAAGAAAGUAACGAUUAUCACGACCUAGAUCUUGUAUUCUCUUGUACAAAUUAUAUUCUACACGUCCCUAUCUCUAUACCGGCUGUACGACGUUGUACAACAACAGCAACUGUAUCAUCAUGUCCAACAAACCCAUCUUCGUGGCGACUCACCCGCGCGCAUGCUCAACGGCCUUCGAACGGGUGUUCAUGACCAGGAAAGAUCUUCAAUGCAUCCAUGAACCCUUUGGAGACGCCUUCUACUUUGGGCCGGAGAGGCUCUCUAGCCGCUAUGAGGCAGAUGUCCAGGCGAGAGACGACUCCGGAUUCUCUGACUCUACCUAUGCAUCUGUUUUCGAGCAGAUCGAAAAGAAAACUGAAGAGGGCAAACGCGUCUUCAUCAAGGAUAUCACCCAUUACCUUGCUCCGCCGCAUCGCAACCCCGCAUCCAUUGCCCCUUCGUUAGGUGGCGUGCCUAAGCGUGGCGUUGGCACAAAUGGUGCUGCCACCAACGGCAUUACCAACGGCGUUACCAAUGGUACUAACGGUCAUGUUACCAACGGCAAUGCUGCCAACGGCCAUACUACCAACGGGCAUACUACCAAUGGCCACGGCACCAAUGGCCAUGUCACCAACGGCAAUACCAUCUCGCCUGCUCCAUAUCCCUACAACACCGAGGCCGAGCCCGCGAACCCAACUGUUGUCCCCGAGGAGAUCCUGAAGAAGUUCCACUUCACAUUCCUGAUCCGCCACCCCCGCAGCAGCAUCCCCUCCUACUACCGCUGCACCAUCCCACCUCUCAACAAGGUAACUGGGUUCUACAACUUCGAUCCAAGCGAAGCCGGCUACGAUGAGCUCCGCCGCGUCUUCGACUUCCUCAAGUCAAGGGGACAUGUUGGCCCUGCGAUUGCUGGUGAGUACAGCGGGAACCUACCGAAGGGAGAGGUGAGCAUCACGAUGAUUGAUGCGGAUGAUUUGUUGGAUAACCCGAAUGGUAUCAUUGAGGCGUACUGCAAGGAGGUUGGGAUGGACUAUGAUCCGGGUAUGUUGAACUGGGAUACUGAGGAGGAUCACGCGCAGGCCAAGAGGGCGUUUGAGAAGUGGAGAGGCUUCCACAAUGAUGCGAUUGAGAGUUGCAGUUUGAAGCCUAGGGAGUCGAAACACGGAAAGAAGACGAAGACCGUCGAGGAAGAAAAUAAAUGCUGGAAAGAGACAUAUGGUGCGGAGGGGGCUAAGAUCAUUCGGGAGUGCGUCGAUGCCAAUAUCCCGGAUUACGAGUAUCUGAAGUCGUUUGCGCUCAAGGUGCCAUUCAAGGCUCCUGGCGAGGCUUAGAGCCUUGGAACUUGGACGACGCUUCGGCUUGAACGAGAGGUCUCUCUCUAUCCGAUAGGCAGAUAGCUUUCCAUUAGUAAACGCUUCUGUAUGUGAUGGCUGAAGUGAUCUACUUUUUGCUUUUUGUGAGAAGCAGAAUUUUGUUUCUUGAAUGUAGGUUCUUUUAUUUUUGUUUGUAAUCGUUCCUGCCAUGUAUGGGAAUGGAAAGCUCUUGAGGAAGCUGCAAUUGAGGCUUGCUUGAUAAUCGUUCUUUCCAUAUCUAGGAGUUGGAGGUUAAUGAGGAAGUUGCGAUGGGGACUCUGCUUGGUAAUCGUUCCUUCAAUAUAUAUAAGGACUGAAAGCUCUUGAGGAAGCUACGACUGAAGCUUGCUUGAUAAUCAUACCUUCCGUAUAUAGUUUUUGAAAACUCCAAAGAAGCUGCGAUUGAGGUUUGGUU